CACCAUACUGAGCCUCCAUGGUCUAGCUAUGGCGCUGCUUGAUCAGAAGAAGUUUGAAGAAGCGGUAAUUACGUAUCGGCGUGCGGUGGGCAGUAUGGAGAGGGCACUGGGACCCGAUCACCCAUUCACACUCGAGAGCAUCAACAUGCUAGGCGAAAUACUGCUUGAUCUGAGAAAGUAUGAGGAAGCGGAAGUUAUGUGUCGACGUGCUCUGGCAGGUAGAGAGAGGACACUUGGACUACUUCAUCGAGAUACCUUACUCAGUGCCAAUAAUCUUGGAGUGGCACUGUGUAAUGAGAGAAAGCACUACGAAGCGGAGGUUAUGUAUCGGCGUGCCUUUCUGGGUGCGGAGGAGAUGCUUGGAGUAGAUCAUCAAGAUACCCUCCUGUGCAUCUAUAACCUAGCUGGGGCGUUGUACAAACAGGGAAAGUAUUACGAAGCGGAGAUGAUGUACUGGCGGGCGCUGGCGGGGCGAGAGAGAGUUCUUGGACCAGGCCAUCCACAUACCCUCCGGUGCAUCAUUAAGCUGGUUGCCGUGUUGUAUGAUCAGAAAAAAUUCGGUGCAGCGGAGACUAUGUAUCAGCGUGCUGUUACGGAGGGGGAACAAGCUCUAGGGCCAGAUUAUCGGGAGGGUCUCAAAAACACUAGCUGCCUCGCGAUGUUUCUCCAGAUACGGGGAUUAGGUACUGCGGGCGAGUCGGUAUUACCGAAAUAAAGGAUUGUGUUUGAGCAGCGGGCAGGGUGAAUUGUUCUAAUUGUCUUUUUCCAGAACUUUCACCGGUUGCCUUUGGUUAUGGUGUGUUGUCCUCUUGCCUUAGGUUAAGCAUGGAGUAUUGGUGUUGGAUUUUCUUUCUUUAUAUCCGCAACGAUUAGGCCUUAGGUCUCGGGCAUCUGUCUUCGUUUGGCUCUUUUGUGUUUUACACCCUUCUGUGUAGACCAUCCCGCUCCGGGUUGGCCGUCACUAGGAUUGUGAACUUUUGGGGGGUGGUCACUCGUCCUUUCACUUUCUUGUUAGUGCCUUUCCCCUUUCAUUCCUUUGAAUUUUGUUCGUUCUUUAUCCUUUU